AUGACGUCGCGUCUCUUCUACCGCUCCCUAUUGGGCCACAUCCAUCGACAAAUACCCAAACAUUCUCGAACUGCGGUCCGGCAAUGUGUGCAAGAAAGAUCAUUCUCCGCCUCCCCAUCAAGUAGAAUAAUGGAAUUGAACUGCUUUUCACAAAAUCAACUGAUGGUCCGAGAUGCCAUCGCGAAGAUAUGCUCUACUUUUCCUGAUGAGUAUUGGGCUGAGCGUGACGAGUCGGGGGAAUAUCCCCACGAGCUACACGCGGCACUGGCAAAGGAUGGCUGGAUUGGAAUCGCCCUCCCUGAAGAACUGGGAGGUGCCGGCCUCGGCAUAUCAGAAGCCACAAUGAUGCUGCAGACGAUUGCGCAGAGCGGUGCUGGCCUUGCUGGCGCGCAAUCAAUACAUGCCAAUGUCUAUGCUACUCAGCCAAUUGCCAAAUUUGCCACCGCCGAACAAAGACAGCGUAUGCUGCCCAAGUUGAUUGUUGGAGAAUACCGAAUUUGCUUUGGCGUAACGGAGCCAAACACCGGGCUCGAUACUUUGAAACUCCGAACGGAGGCAAUUAAGGACGGUGACUCGUACAGAGUCUCCGGACAGAAAAUAUGGAUAUCCUCCGCCCAAGUCGCCAAACGGAUGGUCCUGCUUGCCCGCACCACACCUCUAGAGCAAGUCAAGAAACCAUCCGAGGGCCUGUCACUCUUCUUCAUAGACUUUGACAAAGAUGCUCCCGGCCUGGACCUGCGCAAGAUCAAAAAGAUGGGCGGCCGCGCCGUCGACGCCAACGAGGUUUUCUUCGAUAACUACCGCAUCACCGCAGAUACCUUAAUUGGCAACGAGGGUGACGGAUUUAAAAUCGUUCUAUACGGCAUGAACGCAGAACGCUGUCUUCUGGCUGGUGAAGCAUUGGGCCUCGGGUACAUUGCGCUUGAAAAAGCAGCCAAAUACGCCAAGGAGCGCGUUGUCUUUGGACGGCCCAUCGGGCAGAACCAGGGCAUCGCACACCCGCUCGCGGACGCCUAUAUGAAACUCGAGGCGGCCAAGCUGGCCACGUACCAUGCUACGAAACUGUAUGACGCGAGCAGGACGGAUCCAACCAUUACGCAGAAGGCAGUUGGAGUUGCCUGUAAUUCCGCUAAGUAUUUGGCUGCUGAGGCGGCUUUUACGGCAUGUGAGAGGGCAGUUCUUGCGCAUGGGGGGAUGGGGUACGCACAGGAGUUUCAUGUGGAGCGGUAUCUGAGGGAAUGUUUUGUGCCGCGAAUUGCGCCUGUCAGCCGGGAAAUGAUCAUGAACUAUGUCAGUGAGAAGGUGCUGGAUCUGCCACGCAGCUAUUAA